AUGAUUGUUAGCAAGGACUGGCAAACUACGCCGCGAAGCGCUUUCGGUCCGUGUGGAUGGGAUCGUCUUGUCGGUGAUCUUGUGAUUCGCGUCUUUGAUGGUGAUCAUGAAUCAAUCAUAAGCCCUCCUCGGAUCGAUAUCACCGAGAAGCAUGUACAAGAUGCGAUCAUAAAGAUAUUGGAGAUGGAAAGAUAG